UCUAAACAUACUGAAAUAAACAUCAACACGUGCAAGUGUUAGAAAAUUCAGACAAAUUAAUUUUUAAUAUUUUUUGCAAAUAAAACUUAUAAAAUCAAUUCAAUAUGCCUCCCAUACAGCAAGACGGUAAUUGUUUAAUUUAUCGCGGUAGUAAUUUCUUCAAACAACGUCUUAUACUCUCGGUUUUAAGUGGUAAACCUGUGAAAAUAACACAAAUACGUUCAGAAGAUGAAAAACAACCUGGUAUGAGAGAAUUUGAAAUUGGGUUGAUACGUUUGUUGGACAAGCUAACAAAUGGCACAAAAAUUGAAUUAAAUCCUGCCGGUACAUCUGUAAUGUUUUCUCCCGGUCUCUUGCAUGGUGGACAAAUACAUCAUGAUUGUAGUUUGCAGAAAAGUAUUGGUUAUUAUUUGGAUGUUUUAAUAGCUUUGGGACCAUUUUGUAAAUUUCCCUUAAAUGUUACUUUGAGAGGUGUAACGAAUAGCAAAGAUUCUCCUUCAGUGGAUCAUAUGAAGGGCGCAGCUUUAUCGGUGUUAAAACGUUUUCUAGUGGUUGAUGAAGGUUUAGAGCUAAAGGUACUGAAACGUGGUGUCGCUCCUUUGGGUGGUGGCGAGGUUCAAUUCAAAUGCCCCGUACGUAAAACAUUACGUUCCAUACAAUUUGUUGAACAAGGCAUGGUAAAACGUAUUAGAGGCAUGGUUUAUGCCUGCAAAGUUUCACCAGCUAUGGCCAAUCGUACUGUGGAAACUGCCAAGGGUGUUAUGUUGAAAUUUUUACCCGAUGUUUAUAUCUACACCGAUCAAAAUCGUGGUAAAAUGUCGGGCAAUUCACCUGGUUUUGGUAUCUGUCUACAUGCUGAGACCACCGAAGGUGUAGUCUUUGCUGCUGAAGUUAAUUCUCAUACAAAAGAUGAAGGCAAGGAUCCUUCCAUACCUGAGGAUAUGGGCAAAGAGGCAGCCUUACGUUUGUUAGAUGAAAUAUAUCGAGGUGGCUGUGUGGAUUCAGCCUACCAAUGGUUGGUGGCUUUGUUUAUGACUUUGGGCCAGAAAAAUGUUUCGAAAUUUAUGACGGGUCCUUUAUCUUCCUAUACUGUGUACUUUUUACAACAUUUACGUGAUUUCUUUUCCAUUACCUUUAAAUUGGAAAAUCCUGAAGUUGAUGAUUAUGAAGAUGCUGUAGCUGGGGCUCAAAAGGUUUUGAUGACUUGUGUGGGCAUUGGUUAUACAAAUAUUAGUAAAAAAGUUAUUUAAUUUGUAUUUUACUUUGAUUUCACAAUUUAGGUUUAGUUUUAUUUAGGCUUUCUUUUAUAAAUAAAUUUAAAUGAAGACAA